AUGGCCGAGUGUCAGUCAACAUCAACACCUGCUGACUCUCGUGCCAAGCUCUCUGCCGCGGAGGGUGCUCCCUUCACCGACCCUAUUGCGUACCGGAGUCUUACGGGCUCUCUUCAAUACUUGACGCUCACCCGCCCCGACCUGGCAUAUGCUGUGCAGCAAGCGUGCCUGUUCAUGCAUGACCCGCGUGAGCCUCACCUCGCGCUGAUCAAGCACAUCCUUCGGUACGUGAAGGGCACGUUGUCGGCUAGUCUUCAUAUUGGCACUAUACCUGUUGACUGGGCAGGGUGCCCAGACUCCUGCCGCUCCACAUCAGGCUUCUGUGUCUUCCUCGGCGAUAGUCUGGAACUUCAUGUUCCUUUGCAGGUCGCCACAAUCAUUUACUGUGACAACAUCAGCGUUGUCUACAUGACAGCCAACCCGGUCCACCACCACCGUACCAAGCACAUCGAGAUUGACAUCCACUUCGUCCGUGAGAAGGUGGCUCUCGGCGAGGUUCGAGUUCUCCACGUGCCAUCCAAGUAUCAGUUCGCUGAUGUGAUGGCAAAAGGCCUGCUAGUUCAGCUAUUUGAGGAUUUACAGUCCAGUCUCUGCCUUCGGAUUCCGGAUGCUUCGACUGCGGGAGGCUGA